AUGAGACUAAAGAACUAUAGAUAUAAUGUUCUAUUGAAGAACAUGAUUGUAUCGUGUAAUUUACAUGCUUUAAUCAAGCAUGCAAAGAAAAUAGAAUUUAUUGUUUCGAUUUUCCUCAUACAAAAGAUCAAUAUGAUUUAAAUAAAUUUAUUGAAUUUUCUGAUCAAAUUCAGGAAAGAUUGUGAAGAUUUAAUAGAAAGAUUAUGUUUGGAAAUAGGAAAUAUUAAAAAAAUAUUAAUUUAACUUAAUUAAGGAUUGAAGAUUAAAUAUCAAUUAUAAAAAUAAAGAAUUUUUAACUUGGAUGCAAAGUAAUUGAAUUAAACUUUUGACGAAAUGAUUAAAUAAUGA